UACAUCUUCCCAUAGAAAAGUUACAUUUAUUGAAACAUGUAUCUGCAGAUCAUUUUGAAAAUAGUGCUUUUAAUAAAAAAAAUUAAGAAAAAAAGUAGUGAAGGAUUUUAUAAUUACAAUCCGAGUGUAACGAGGUAUUCUAAAAUAGAAUCCUAGCGUAGUGAGGGAUUCAAGUGUUAACGCCUAUGGGUGGUAUUCCACCUAUGCAAUUUCUUUGUCCAAUGUGUAUUGCGUCUCGCAUUUUGAUUAAUGACAGAGUGAGACGCAAUGACAUUGGACCAAGAAAUUGGAUAGGUGGAAUACCACCCUAAGGUGGAAAUAUUUUUGCUACCACGUGAUAAAUUUACAUACUGCUUUUCACAUCACCUAUGAGGAAAUUAUUAUGGUACAAAUAAAUAAAUAAAUUUAAUUAAUGGUAAUUAAAUUAAAUAAUUUAACCUAAGAAGUAUGCAAAAAGAGGAAAAAAGUGAUCCCUCCUAGUAGGGAAAAAAAGUGCUACUUUGAUCCUUCCUAGUGGUGAAGAACAACAAGGUGUUCUAAAAAAAAUCGAGUCCACAUUAAGCUCGACCACGUAUUAGUCCACUCAUAGAACUAUCCACUAUAUAACAUACAACUUAAAUGUGGACUCGAUCCUAACUUGAUUUCGAGUACAAAAUUUGUAGACAAGUGUCUAUAUUUCAACCCUCCCCAUUUUAUCGAUAUCGAUAAGAAACGCAAGCGUGUAGCGUACUACACUAUUUAAAUUGCUUAUGUUGGUACUAUGGUUCUUUGACAGUUCUUUGUCGUACAUUUUGGUAAUGAUUUGCGAAACAAAGGGAUUCCACUCGCUAGUAUGGAAGUCCCGUCUCUUAUAACGUAGUGAUUAUAUGCUCUUUGGUUUGUGGCUACAUUUGACAGUAUGAGUCCAUAGGUUGUUUAUAAAUUUUAUAACCUAAAAAUUAAAAUUGCACGUGAAAUCAAAACGUUGUGUUGUAAUUUUAGGCAGUGCUUGUGCGUGGUUUGAACAAUGACGGAAUUAACAAUAAAUUCGGUUUCUACAAAGGGGCCGAUCUAUCCAAUGUUAAUAAAUUUUCAAAACGGUUACCCUAACGAAGACUUCGAAAGUAAAUGCUCAAUCAUACAAGAGAAUGGGACUAAAACGAUAGCUACGGAACUUGAUGAGCUUGUUUAUUAUGGUAAAGAGGAAAACGAAGAUUUGGGUAAGACCCUUAUACUAGCUAGAAACAGGAAAACGGGCAAAGUACGCCUUAUGGAGGUGGGUUGCGCUGAGCUCAUACCAUAUCGUAAAGUCAACUUGAACACACCAACAACCCAACCAGAAACCAGCAGAUUAGAGCUGAGUAGGAAGUUCGGAUCUAAAAAACAAAGGAAGCAAAUGGAACAGCGGGAGAAAUUAAAAGUAAAUGUUAAAACCGUUACGGAACAGAUGGAAAAUGUAACUGCGAAUAUUUCUAUGGACAAACUAGACCUAUCUAAGUAUAACAAGAACGAUUCUGAUGAAUUCUAUGUACCGCCUGUAGACAGAGACGCGGCUAAACUUGAAGAUGUGUAUGCUGUAGAGAAAAUUAUGUCUAUAGAUGAAUAUGAGAAUAUUUAUACAGAAUUAAAGCAAGAAAAGUAUGAAGAUCUGUACCAUCCUUAUAUAAAAGGUUUAGUUAAAGGCCGGACAUUGUCUCACGAGUUAACGGUGCUGGCAGUUUAUACAAGUGAACUGCUGAAAUUUUUACAGGUUGGUUGCCUUGAAAUAAGAAGGAGAGACUUUAAAAUAUGCAAUUUUUCAAACACAUUAAAUAACGUUGCAUUGAAUAAUUUUACGGAAUUUACUAAAACUGCAACUGUAAACAAGAUGAGAGUUAGACCAACAUACAUGAAAGAUAAGCUCACAUGUCACAUAAUGGUGUUUGUGUUGAUAUUAAAUAAUUAUAAGGUUGCGUUUGAGCCUUUAUGCGCAGCAUUGAAGGUAUCAUCUAAGACUCAGCCUUGCCUCAAUAAGGUCCGUCUUAUCGGAGCUUACAUAGUGCAUACGGAAGGCGGAAAGAUGUUGCAAUUGAGAUUGCCCUUAGCUCCAAGAGCUUCAUUAAUGAGAAGAAAAAGUACUAAGUUUUAAUUCUUUGUUAGAACCACAUUUUAGUUAGAUUCCAGGUCAAAUGAUUAUCAUGGUUAAAUGGGUCAAAAUUCUUUUCUAACCAAAAAUUUGUCAACAAAAAAUUAUGGAGCGGAGCUUUUUGUAUAAGAUGAAAUUUAGAUUUUAAUUCCUCAUGUAAAAUAUAAUCUAUAGCUAGAAGAUGUGCAAUGCAACUUUCAACUUUGAUUUAUUUGAUACAAGACGGAAAUACAAGUGUGACAAAAUGGUGGAGACAGAAGACAAUAGCCGGGUCCACACAGAGCGAGCGAGCAUGUAAAUUGCCUCGCGCGUAUGCCCGCUUUGUGUGGACCCGGCUAAUGAAGAAUAUCUGUUGGCUGGCAGAUCAACUAUGUUAUUUUGUUCUACCAACCGGAACAUUAGUAGUAUAGUUUGUUAGAAAAAACUAACAUGCUUAGUACAUGGCCCAUUAUGGAAAGGACUUGUGGACAAAUCGCGCGUGGUUAGAUAGGGGGAGAGGGGGUCACGAAAAAAUCACGACAGAUCACGUUAGGGGAGGGGGGUAUAAGGACACCUAAAGUGUAUUUUUCUACAGUGAACGAAACUAAAAAACGGCGAUUGGCCCCAGUCACACCUGAUGGAAAGUGAAGAAAGGGCUCAUCGGUUCAGAUCUUCACUUCACACUUCAAAAUAGCGAGUCUAUUUUACGAAAAUAGAAAAAAUAAACAUAAUUUACUUUAAACAGUACUAUUUAUUGUAAAAUUAGGUCGAAUGAAAGAGUUUCAAAAAAAUUCACGUCAGGUUAUGUCGGGGAAGGAGGGUUAGCCAAGAACCUCACCAACUAUCACCAAGGGGUUCAAAAAGUAGCUGAAAAACCUCGCAUGAUUUGUGCACAAGCCCCAAAACUAAAUUUAAAUACCAUACGAGUAGAAUCAGGGUUUAACCUUGUGCUACCCAAUGAAUGGUAAGCUGCAUUAGCUGCAGAGAUAACUGACCCCCCUGCGUAGAAACUUGUUUGCAGGCCUCUUCAGCUUACUGUACACUCCUUUUCGAUAGGAUGCCAACCUUCAUUAAAAACAAACGAAGUAUCAUUUCAUGUCUCGUAUUUUUAUGGGAUAAAUGAAAUUAAACCCAAUUAAAAAUACAACUAGAUUCAGACAUCUUUAUUUUUAGCUAUAAUUUUGUAUGAAGGGCGCCACGAGGUUAAAGACUGACAUAGAGAAAUAAGUAAGCAUAGAGUGCUCACUCCAUGCGUCAGUUUUUUUACCAUCAAGUAGCUGAUUUAUCAGUACCGCUACUUGACAAUAGAUGUCGCAAUGAACGAAAAGUCUAAUGCUCAACAAUUUUCAGCUUAUAUUAUAACUGGAACUCUUAUUUCAACUCCUGCUUGUAAUUUUAGUUGUAAAUUGUUGUACAAUACACUUUUCGUCAGUCACGACACUUAUGAUAUCUAUUGUCGAGUAGCGAUACUGAAAAAUCCGCGUCUACGAAAUAAACCGCGUUUUGGUAAGAAAACUGGUGUACGGAAUGGAGUUAGCACUCUAUGCUUAGAGGCCCACUUAUUUAGAUUAGAUGGCUGAUAUCAAUAUUAUGUUUAAAUUAAAAUAUGAAAUCAAACUUGUAUUAUAUAGACGUGUUACUAAAUGUUGUCAUAAAAUUUAGUCUUGUAGACAUUAAGAUAUCAACCUUAUUGUAUUACCAUAAAGCUUAAAAUUGUAAAGACAAGUUGUUAAAUAAUUUCGAGUAUUUACAGUGUGAGCAUUGACAUAUAUCGAAGGACGAGCCUUACGGGCAAUAAGAAUGGGGCCAGUACAGCGGUGUCGCGCACACGAACUCGAGCCAACGCGAUUGGUCGUAACUAGUUGCGUUAGACUGCACGAUUGGCUCGAAUUCGUGAGUGAUACCACUGAACUAGCACCAUUCUUAGUGCCCGUAAGGCGCGUCCUAAGAUAUAUGUCAAUGAGUGUGAGCCAUUUAUUGGUGUUGUAAAUAAUUGCCUCGUUCUAGCAAGUAGGUUUGAAAGAGACAAAUGCAAUAAUCAGUAUAAAAUACACCCCAGGCCAUAAGUAUGGAAAUAAACUUACAUGAAUCUGAUAGAUUUGUAUACUACUAUUUAACAAUUAAGUAGAUAACAAAAUAGUAAAUAUGAUAACAUUUUAAAUGUAAAUAACUAAAAUUCUGAUUACGGUAAUAAUCAUGUAAUGUAACACUGCACGACUGGUUUGAAUUCGUGAGUGUCACCACUGAACUAGCACCAUUUUUAGUGCCCGUAAGGCCCGUUCUUUGAUAUAUAUGUAUGUCAAUGGGUCGAUGCAGUGUCACUGGUGUUUAGUUAGUUAAUUUAAUGUGGUAUGAAAUCAAAUAAAAUAGGUAUUUUAUCAUAAA